CCCAUUUUGCCCUCCCGCUCGCUCUCUCCCCGACCGCUUGCAGCUCUCACUCUCUCCCUGACCACUCGCUCUCUCUCCCCGACAACUCUCGCUGUCUCCGACCCCGACCGCUCGCCCUCUCGUCGGCCAGUCGCCACCCUCUCCCUCUCGUCGGUGUCUUCCUCACCGCAGUCUUGCACCUCACCACCCAUAACCCUAGCAGCCCGCCUCCCUCUCGUCGGUGAAAGGUGACAUUUUUACCAGUUGGGGUGCUCGAUUCGUGGCGGCGGUGCUCGAUCCGUGGGCGGCGGUACUCGAUCCGUGCUGGAGCAGCGGGAGGAGGAGGCCAAGGUGGAGAUCGUGGUGCGGGAGGGGGAGCUCGGCGAGACGGCGGCUGGAUCUGAAGCGCGGCUGCUCCACCUUCCUCAGGGUGGCGGGGAUCUCCGACUCGCUGCAGAGGAGAAGGGCCCGACCGCUGGCGUCAUCCGCCGCUCCCUCAGGGUUGGCGGCGGCGGGCUGCGUUCCGGCGGGAGGGCGGCACGUUCAAGGUGCUGCAGGUGGCGGACAUGCACUACGCGGACGGGCGGAGCACCGCGUGCGAGGACGUGAUGCCCGAGCAGGUCGCCGGCUGCUCCGACCUCAACAUCACCGCCUUCCUCUACCGCGUCAUCCGCGCCGAGGACCCCGACCUCGUCAUCUUCACGGUUCACUACUCGAGGCGCUGGGCUGCGGCUUCAUCGAGGCGGACGACAACCACUCCCAUGCAAAUAAAGGUGAGCAUUCAGGAAAAGAAGGCGGCCGGCGAGGGAGUUGCGUAUGAGUUUGGGCUCUCAAUUGGAGCGGAGGAAGGCGGCCGGCGAGGGAGCUGCGGCCGGCGCGGGCGGACGCCGGAGCUGCAGCAGUGGGGUGGAGCCUGGCGGAGGCGGGGAGGAGCGAUGGAGGAAGAUGAAGAUCCCCGGCGACAAGAAUUUUAAAUUGAGGGUAGUUUAGUACUUUUUCCUGUUUUCACCUGGUCGGAGAAGUUCCCCAACGACAACUAUUUUGGAACAGAGGGAGUAUAUAUUAUCCCUGCUGCCUCCACUUUCACCAAUGAAUGUUUACAAUGGAUUUCCCUUUUUUGUUUCUCAAUGUACAUUUCAACUUUGGACCUGAAAUUUUAAGGGGUUGUAGUGA